AUGACGGUGGUAAGUGAGUUUAGGGAGGAAGAUUGCAAAGAGCUUCUCAGCAUUCAUAUGUUGGGGCAGCGAGGUUUCGAGAAAGGUAGGACGCUGGGGUGUGGCGGCCAGGGGCAUGUAUUCGUGCUCCACAAUCUGGACGGUCACAAGUCAUAUGCAGCCAAGGCAUUUCGAUCAGGGAGCGACGCUGAGAGAGAAGUUGGGAUCAUGGCCAAGCUCCGGGGCUGCCCUGGAGUUGUCUCCUUCAAAGAUUUCAUCAAGGAGAGAGAUGGAGGACAGUGUUUUGGGAGUAUUAUUAUGGAACUAUGUGGAUCUAGUCUUGCUGAUCGCUUGCGCGUUUCCGGGCAGAUGAGCGAAGAAGAAGCAGCUCAGAUUAUCAAGCAGCUGGCAGAGACCCUCAAGGAGAUGCAUUCGAGAGGCAUAGUUCACCGGGAUCUCAAGCCGGGCAACAUCCUUUUCAAGCUAGACGCGCGCGACAAAGUGGUGAUUAGUGACUUUGGUAUUGCCACAGACGACCCUGAGGAGAUGUCGCAGUACUGUGGCACGGCAAAGUACAUGGCACCCGAGGUGGCAGAGAACAAGGAUGGGAGCUUCUACACAGCAGCUAUCGACGUGUGGGGACUUGGAGCGAUUUUAUACGAGAUGCUGGGAAAGGGAGGAUAUCAGCCGAGUGAAGCAUUUGAUCGUGUGCGACAGGGGGCAUCCCCGGUUGGUCCUUUCUCGUUUGUAGCGGAGGAUCUCCUUGAGAAGAUGCUGGCUGUGGAUCCGAAACAAAGGCUGACAGUCGAUCAGGUUCUACAACACCCAUGGAUUGUCAAGCUUUGCAGAAGCAGCAGCAGUAAGAUCUACAGGACGUGGAGGAGGCCCUGUGGUGCGAAAAGGAGUGCUCCUGGCCUCGACAAGGACUUGGUCGUGAAGAAAGUUCGAGCGGCUUAA